AUGAACCCACAGGUUUCCGACCAUGACUCAAGACACAUAGUCAGCACAAGAUCUCAGCUCGAAAACAAGACACACCCAGGUCAAGAACAAGACACACCCAGAUCGAGAACAAGUCACACCAAGAUCGAAAACAAGUCACACCAAGAUCGAGAACAAGUCACACCCAGAUCGAGACCAAGACACAGCCAGCUCAAGAACAAGACACACCCAGAUCGAGACCAAGACACACCCAGAUCGAGACCAAGACACACCAAAAUCGAGAACAAGUCACACCCAGAUCGAGAGCAAGAAACAUCCAGACCGAGACAAAGACACGCCCAGAUCGAGGCCAAGACACCUCUAGAUCGAGACCAAGACUCGCCCAGAUCGAGACCAAGACACACCAAGCUCAAGAACAAGACACCCCCAGCUCAAGAACAUGACACACCAAGCUCAAGAACAAGACACACUCAGCUCAAGAACAAGACACACCCAGAUCGAGACUUAGUCACACCCAGAUCGAGACCAAGACACACCCAGAUCGAGACCAAGACACAUCCAGAUCGAGACCAAGAUACACCCAGAUCGAGACCAAGACACAUCCAGAUCGAGACCAAGAUACACCCAGAUCGAGGCCAAGACACCUCUAGAUCGAGACCAAGACACGCCCAGAUCGAGACCAAGACACACCAAAUUGAGACCAAGACACUCCCAGCUCAAGAACAAGACACACCCAGAUCGAGACUAAGUCACACCCAGCUCAAGAACAAGACACACCCAGAUCGAGACCAAGACACAUCCAGAUCGAGACCAAGAUACGCCCAGAUCGAAACCAAGACACAUCCAGAUCGAGAACAAGACACGCCCAGAUCGAGACCAAGACACACCCAGCUCAAGAACAAGACAUACCCAGCUCAAGAACAAGACACACCCAGAUCGAGACCAAGACACACCCAGAUCGAAACCAAGACACACCCAGUUCAAGAACAAGACACACCCAGCUCAAGAACAAGACGCACCCAGCUCAGGAACAAGACACACCCAGAUCGAGACUUAGUCACACCCAGCUAA